GAGGAUUAUAUUUAUUAAAGUGAAGAUCAAACCCAAAGUUUUUUUAAUUUUUUAUAAAAGUUUAAAACCACACGCUAAAUCCCUAACUGUGUGUUUUUAUCUUUCUAACCGCGGAGUGACGCGUCGGCGCGCUACACGAUCUCCCGCGACGCAGACCAGGAAGUGGCGGCGGGUAAAGUUUGAAGUCUCCGUGUUGUCCUCCCUCUGGCUCCUUUGUCUCUGUCCCCAGUUCCAGGUUCUGUCCUCCUGCCGCCAUGAGGAGAACCAGGUCGUCGAGGAGUCAGACUAAGGCCGCGGCGGCGGAGGGAGGAGGAGGAGAAGGAGAAGCCCGCUCGGAGACAGUGUGGCAGUGGCAGGGGGACGGGGGUCAGUGGGAGCUGUACUCGCCGGCCGCCUGCGCCUCGUUGGACUCCGCCCUCUCCUCGGGAGAAACCUCCGUCACGCUGGCCCUGGGACCGGGGACGCCCUACGAGGUCGACCUGAAGAAGAUGGUGCAGAUUAAUCCGGUCACAAAAUACAAGAGGAAGAUUCGCUCUCAAACAGUCAAGUCAGAGAGUGUUCCUGAAGCAAGUGACUCCACUGCUCUCAAUGGAAUGACCGUUCAAGUUAAAGAGGAAGAGGAGGAGGAGGAGGAAGAGGAGGAGGAGAAACCUGCAGCUAAGAAGAGGAAGGCGCAAAGCAAGAGUCAGACAAAAGCCAAGAAACCACCCAAAGAAGAGAUAAAAACUGAAGAGGUCACAAGGACGUUGGUGAUGAAGGGCAAAGCUCCGGUGGACCCUGAAUGCAAAGCCAAACUCGGAAAGGCUCACGUUUACUGUGAAGGAAACGAUGUUUACGACGUGAUGUUAAACCAGACAAAUCUCCAGUUUAACAACAAUAAGUAUUAUCUGAUCCAGCUGCUGAAGGACGACAGCUCCAAGCUCUACAGCGUGUGGCUGAGAUGGGGUCGAGUGGGCAAAGUGGGUCAAAACAACCUCACACCCUUUGGUGGAGAUCUGCUGAAAGCCAAAGAUUUCUUCAAGAAGAAGUUCUUGGAUAAGACCAAGAAUGAGUGGGAACAUCGGGCCAGUUUUGAGAAAGUGGGUGGAAAGUACGACAUGGUGUUCAUGGACUACAGCACAAAUGAAAAGCAGGAGGAGUCCACAGUGAGCACCGUACCCAAAGAGAAGAAGAGCUCCACGCUGGACGUGAAGAUCCAGUCUCUCCUGGAGCUGAUCUGUGACCUGAAGGCCAUGGAGGAGUGUGUGCUGGAGAUGAAGUUUGACACUCGGAAAGCUCCUCUCGGCAAACUGACCUCGGAGCAGAUCCGCGCAGGCUACACCGCGCUGCAGAGAAUCGAGGAGUGUCUGAAGAAGAAGGGAAACCACCGUCUGCUGCUGGAGGCCUGCAACCAGUUCUACACCCGCAUCCCUCACGACUUUGGCUUGAAAACCCCCCCGCUCAUCAACACGGAGGAGGAGCUGAAGGAGAAGAUUGCACUGCUGGAGGCUCUGAGUGACAUCCAGAUAGCCGUGAAAAUGGUCCAGUCCAGUGAGGGCGGGGACGAACAUCCUCUGGACAGACAGUACAGCUCCCUCCAGUGCAAGCUACAGCCUCUGGACUCCUGCAGUGAUGAGUUCAAGGUUAUAGAGAAAUAUCUGCUGUCCACUCACGCCUCCACCCACCAAGACUACAGCAUGAGCGUCCUCGACGUGUUCUCAGUGGACAGAGACGGAGAGAGCAGCAGCUUCCUCUCACAGAUACACAACAGGACUCUGCUGUGGCACGGCUCCCGUCUGUCUAACUGGGUCGGGAUCCUCAGUCAGGGGCUCAGAGUGGCCCCCCCCGAAGCCCCCGCCACCGGAUACAUGUUUGGUAAAGGGAUCUACUUUGCUGACAUGUCGUCAAAGAGCGCCAACUACUGCUUCGCCAAUCAGAACAACCACGUUGGACUGUUGCUGCUGUGCGAGGUCGCGCUGGGAGACAGUCACGAGCUGCUCGAUGCCGACUACGAGGCCGCUAACCUGCCCGCUGGUAAACACAGCACCAAGGGCCUGGGACAGACCGGACCCGACCCCAAGAACUCAGUCACCCUGGGCGGUGUCACGGUGCCGAUGGGGCCCGGGGUGAAGACGGGCGUGGGUAAGAACAGCGUUUACUCCCUCCUCUACAACGAGUUCAUCGUGUACAACCCGGCUCAGACUCGCAUGAGGUACCUGCUGCGGAUCAAGUUCAACUACGCUUCACUGUGGUGAGGCUGUGAACGGGUCGUGUGUCAGGAUCAUACAUUCUUAACGCUGCUUUCAGACAUGCACUGAACUCCCGGAGGAGAACGCAGUAGCUCCUGAUGUUUUCCUAGAACUUUCCGGGAUAGUUCCCUCGAGUUGACGAUGUUUCAAUCAGGCAACGGACGCGAAAAACACAAAACGAAUACAAAUAUACAGGAAGGAAAAAUUCCUGUAUACCCCAUAGACCCAUAGACGUGGGAGACACAGACGAAAACAUCAACUCGGAAAGACGAGCUUCGAGAGUCCCCCCCCCCCCCUCUUCCUCCUGCGUCCUUCAUAUGUAUAAAGACACAUUUUCUAGAGUUCAUGUCUGAAAGCAGCUUGUCUUUCUUUGUGGGGGGGGGUUGUUUAGCUCUGGUUUUGGAGGAUAGGAUGUUAAACCUGAACAUGCUGCUGGUGCUGGAUGGAAAACAUGAAUGUUAACUCUCUCAGUGAUGGAGAUCUGUCACUAAUUCACUAAUUCAUUAGUUUUGACCAUUGUUGUCUCUUUUCAAGUAAACAAUUUUUGUUUGCGGCUUCUCAAAUGUUUUUUCUUUUUUUCCUAUCUGAGUCAGUUUGUUCUAAAAGAAUAUACAACUGGCAUUUUUCAUGUUUUCUGAAAAAUAACUCUCCUAAAAGGCGAGGAUUGAGAAUAUAAUAACAUUUAGCACUACAUUUUUAUGUUGCUUUAUCCUCGUAUCAAUAGAUGUUAAAUUGCAUGUUGGCAACAUUUUAGUUUUCUGUUUUCUGGUCCUGGUUAGUAACACAAAACUCCUUCAGGCCGGUUUGACACCAGUGUUUAUACUGAGUAAUUACCACAGUUUUUAUGAAUGUUUCCUAUUAGUGUUAUAAAAUAUGUGUAAACAAUGAAUUCAGUCUAAAAGUGUCUUCUGUCAUUUUUUUAUUCAUGUGAAACAGUCUGUAAAAAACACAGAUGUGGUUACGCUUUUAACAUAACAAUACAAAUAAAGGACAUUUUCAUGUUA